AUUUUCAUACGGGCAACUUGAUCAUGAUGGUCGUCGAUCAGGUACGCCAGCUUCUACAGAUACAGGCAUCGCCCUCAAGAUGGCACCUUUUCGAGUGGUGUGACCUAGCCAUAACACCGUCAUUUAUCAAGCAUUGUUGCCAGGAUAUGCUUACUGCUCAGUGGACGCGUAAACUUCCUCUGAUACAAACGACAGCUCCAGCAGAAUUGGCAGCUAGACUCAUUCAUACCUUUCUCGAUGACUUUCCGGAUAUCGAAUCAGAGCAGUAUUUCGUCAUCGACUUUUGCUCUGGAGCAGGAGGUGAGCACAUUUUCAAAUCUUUUCCUCGUUAUGGAAGCGUUGUGAUGGGGUUGACAAUGGAUCCCAUCAAUUUGUGCUACUCCAUGAUAGGCAGCAAACGACGCUCACGCUACAAAGACACA